AGGCGCAGUGAAAGCCGCUGUUACACAGUUUCAUUCUCUGUGUGUGUGCUUGUGUUGGCGUCGUUAAGUGUCUGCAGAAAUGGGAAGACCAGGAAAGACCGACGGAGAGGCCCAAGGUACCAGCAGAGCACCCAUGAUUUCCGACGUUAUCGAACUUAGGCGGAUACAGGACAGCCCAGAGGAAGAAUACGCUGCGGCCCGCGUGGGACAGCCCGCCGCCGCGGAGAGGCCGCUGCGCCGACUCGUCCGGCUGGCGGCGUGGCUGACCCUGCUGUACCUGCUGCCGCUGGGCCCGCGAGGGGCCGCCUUCAACGGCACGGACACCAGCGGGGCUGACGACGACGUCGCGUGGACCCCACUGGCCGCGCCACUUACGCACAUCACCAGUCUCGAACAGGUUCUUGGACGCUGGUACGUUGUGGAAGAGUGGGGUCCGAGUCAGGUGUUAGAUUACACCAUAUAUGAGUGGUUCGACUUUUCACUCGAUGAAAAUGGUAUACUUACGGUCGAGUGGUUUACAAAGCCAGAAGAAGGCUACGUGAUAACGCCAGCUGCACCUAUCGAAACGGAAUUUCCUGCAACCCCUGUGUUCGACGAUGAACUGGGGGGAGAGAAGAUGGCCGUCUUCGGGUACACAGUGGUGGACCUGUCACCAAACGAACGCUUCCUGUCGGUGGCGGUGUGCGCGGGCCGCUCCAGCAACUGCACGGUCCUCGUGCUGGCCCGUGACGUGGCCGACGCCGGCAACUUCAGUGAGCUGGUGGGCGUGCAUCAGCGUAUUGAGGCCGCGCAGCGCGGUUUCGCGGAGGUCGUGUUCCAGAGGGGGUCGCGGGCGCCGGAGAGCACGUUGCACCUGCCUUGCAGCUAUAACUCCAGCGGAGGACGCCUGCAGUGCAGCUUGUGACGCCUGCCGGCCGCCGUUCGCAACAGUGCCGCUCGCGUCAGUGUAGUGCGCCCCAAAUACUGCCAGUCUUGACGAAUGUUAAAAAAAAUAAGUGUGUAAGCUCCAGUCAAGUUGUCAGGUUUCAGUGCAAAGAUAUGACUUUCGCUGAACAAUAAAGCCGGACGCACGUACGUGUAAACUAGAAUUGAUCACAAGGAUAUUAUCUUCGAACAAUCAAAUUGAAUCUCUAGAAUUAAAAAAAAAAAAAAAAAAACUUUUGUGGAACCUGCAUCGACAAC